AUGCAGUGUACACAACCAAAACUGCCGCCAAAAUUUGUAGCACAGCGACCUAAGUUGGACACCAUACAGAGCAUUGCUGGCCGGUCGGGCGUGCACGAAAGGCUGUCAACGGGGCGAGCGGGCGGACGGGGAGCACCUGUUACAGAGGCUGCGGCAAGUCGUGGGCAGCGGAAAUCUGAAAUCUGUCAGCAGCAGCGGCGCGCGUGCCCGGAAAUUGGCAGAGCUCUCAGACAGGCGGCGCUCUCGGAAUUAACGGUGUCACCUGCGGCGCGCUGCGGCCCGGGCGCCGUAUCGACGCGUGGCCCGGUCGUCGGAAUUGCGAAUGCGUCAGCCGCGGCCGCGGGGAAGAUGGCGCCGGUCUCGGUCCGCCGUCGGCCGGCCGCUGCCUUUUUGGGCCGCGCGCUGCGCCGCGCCAGCGCCGGUGGCACAAAGCCUGCCGCGGCCCAAGAUGGCGGCCGCGCCGAAUCGAUAGCCUUAACUCCGACUCCCGGCCCGGCCGGCCGCCGGCGCUGCCCCGCGCUGCGCUCCGCCGGAUAUCGCCGUGGGCGCGUCCAGUGUAAAUCAAUAUGGCAGCCGCCCCGGGCGCCCGGCUGCCCCAGCUCCACUCCACUCCACUCAUUACGAACAAGCGCGCCGCCACAUUCUCCAGGCCAGCGAUUUCUAGCCGGGCCGCCGCCGGCGCACCCCAGCGCGCUGCCGCCUACUUUUCAUGCCCGCCUUUGUGGCGGAGUGAGCAGCGGGAUGGAGAAGGAGAGCGACGUGGAGCGCGGCGCCGACAAGUCCGCGGCGGCGCCGGGGUCCGGCCCCGCUGCCGCUGCCGCCGCCGCCGCCGCUGCCGCCGCCGCCGCCGCGGACGCGCCCAGCCUGCUCGACGCCGCCAGCCUCUUCGGUAAGUUGCAGCAGCAGCUGAAGCGUAGUACCGAGACAGAGCGCUAA